AUGCAAUUGAUUCGCCUAGUUCAAAAGCUUCAGGGGCAGCGUGUGCGGUUCGAGUUGAAAGCUGGCGGAAUGAUUGAGGGAACUGUCGCCCUGGUUGAUGCGACCUUUGUUGUGCACCUUUCUCAAGCGUCCUACACUCCGCGGGGCGCAACGACCGCUAUCUGUCAUCCAUUCGUCGUGCUACGUGGAGCAGCUAUCUGUAGCCUCUCUCUUCCGGGCACGUUUGACACGGACACGCACCUUUGCGCCUUACGGACAGAGUACAAUCGGGGUCCAAAAAAUAGAUGA